UCUACUUCCCCUCCACCCUAGGAGGCUUAGCCAAUCACAAUGCAAAGGGAAUUGCCAUCAUGGAUGAAAUCAACAACAAAACCAGUUCAAAAUGGAAACCCUAACCCAAGCGAUUCGUUUUAUGAGAAAAAGCCGCUCUUGACGUUCAAAGGGAAAGUCCACUUUUCAAACAAAAUUGGAGAUUGUGGUUAUGUUUGUGAAGCAAUCUUAAAGAAAAUUGAAGGAAUAGAGGAUCUUAUUGUAGGUUUUGAUCUAGAAUGGCCAGUUCAGUUCACAAUGGGAACAGGACAACAAAAAACUGCUCUCAUUCAGUUUUGCCCUUAUGUUAGUGUGUGUUACAUCUUCCAAGUGACAGAAUGGAACUACCUACCUAAAGUGUUCAUUGAUUUCAUCAGCCAUCCCAAAGUGAGACUGGUUGGUGUUAAUGUUAAAGCGGAUAUCUGGAAGCUCGGUAGGGAUUUUGACAUCUCCGUCGCACACAUUGUUGAAAGUAAUGUCAUCGACUUAAAAUCCUUAGCGAAUCAAAUAUUCUCUACACAAGAAUCAUGGAGCCUGGGUCGACUUGUGUUGUACGUACUCAAAAAACAGCUUGACAAAUCUGAUGUGAGAAUAAGUAACUGGGCUCAAGAAGAUCUGACAUCUCAUCAGCUGGUUUAUGCUGCUACGGAUGCAUAUGCAUCUUUGCUUACUUAUCUACGAUUAAAAGAAAUUGAAAAAACAAAGUGACAAUGUUUCCUUAUUGGAGCUUCUGGAACAUUGGCUAUUUCGUCUGCAAAGGGGCACUGGUAAUCCAGCAUAAGCUUAACUAGGGUCAUUUAAUAGGAGGGAGGGUUGACUACCAAGGGGUCUAGGGAAGCUUUAGGUUUUAUUGUGAGUUUUGAGUUAUUUUGAAAACUAUUUAUAUUUUUGUUUUUAUUUAUUUUUUGUUAAUGGGGGUGUUACAACCUUCAAACCCUACACUUGUUAUGCCUGUAUGUGACCCAGGACGAAGUAGUUGUCGGUUAACAGAAGUGUAUUGGUGAUCAAACACAAAACCCUAUCCACAAACAAUACUCUACAGUGGACAUAAAUACAGU